GGGACUGAGCUCAGGCCUAUUUUAAAACCAGGUUGGGAGGCAGCCAGGCAUUUCCCAGGCUCCUAAAGGAGCCACUGCUGCCUUUAUCUUUCUAGUCCUGCUACUGGGCACUCUCGUCGGCCCUUACUGUCCACUGCUUGCCAUGCCUGAGGAGACCCAAGAAGACACUGUGGCGCCAACACAGAGCCAGAGAAGCAGAAGACCACUGGCUCCUAAUCAUGUGCAGGAGGUACGUCUGCACCAAGUGGAGUCUAUCAGUGACCUACACAGUGGAGGCUCACUGCGGCCCUAUCUGGCUGAAGAGGCACAGACAUGGGAAGAGCUUCUGGGUGUCUUGCCACCAUCGCUGUGUACCCAGGCUGGCUGCAGCCCCAUAUGUGGCCAUGGGGGGUUCCUGCUGCUAUUGGCACUACUGGUGUUCACCUGUCUGGCACUAGCCAUCCUGGCUGUCUACUUGAGUGUGCUGCAGAGUGAAUCCCUUCGAGUCUUGGCACACACACUGCACACACAGGAGGAGACUCUGCUCAAAUUGCGUCUGGCCAGCCUCAGCCAGCUCCGGAGGCUCAACUCCAGCGAAGCCCGGGCACCCAGCUGAGAUGUGACUUGGAUGUGGAGCAUGUGUGAGGGGGAAUAAAGGGACCUUUGGCAGGUUUCUCCUCUCCCAUUGAUGGCUACAUCUACACUACUUCCUUGGUUAGAUUUUUGUACAAGAGCCUGAUGUGACUUCACAGCAGCCUGUCUCUCCCGACCUCUUCAGGCCAGGCCUGGCCAAGCCUUCGGGUGCCAAGACCCUGUUUUGGGUGGCCCAAGGUCAGAGGAUGAGGCACCAGCCUCCUGUCAGCACCCUCUGGGCAUCCCUAGACAGGAGAUUCAGAAGCCUAGAAAUAGCUGCCCCUGCUCAGUCACCCCACUUUCCCAGAACUCCCAGUGGGGGGGUCCAGCCUCAGCUUUCAGACAAGCUGAGCUCUGAGUUGGGGGUGGUGGACCACAUGGGGAGAGACUGCCUUGGAGGGCAAAGAUGAGAUGGGGCAAUGUAACUGGGCCCAAGCCUGUGGGGUGGAUGGGAAGGGAGGGCAGGCAAAAAACUCAGAUUAAGGUCUCAGGAGGUUGAGUACUCUGUUUAAUUCUCUUUUAAUCUUUAAAAUUAAUCAGCACACACAUCCACUCUAGGCAGGUUUGCCUCUCCACGUGCUAUAGUGGCAUGUGUCUAGACACCAGAUCCCCAAAGGAAGUCACCCUAAGGGAGCAAGGUCUAAAAAGGAAAGGAACAGCCCUCUCUCACCUGCCCCUGAGCUCUGGAUAGGCACACAUUUGGCUUCACCUGAGACAGAACAGGAAGAGGCCAUAGCCACAGGGCUGAGUUGCAGACACACAGGGCCAGGGUCCUAAGGAUGCUGACUCCUCUCUCCAGACUCUCCCAGUGUCUAUUUUUGGUUUUAUCAUUAAAAAAAUAAAGCAACAAUCACUGGCACAGACCAGUUCUUGUACUGUCUU